CGCAUUUUUGUCCUUGAUUGCAAAUAAUGGCGUUUCUGGUGCAUUUCCUUUCCCUGCUGGCUGCCCCGGGAUGUGUCCUGUCCCAAGUGCAGCUGGUCCAGUCCGGCCCAGGCGUGGUGAAGCUCGGAGAGACCCUCGCACUGACCUGCUCUAUCACCGGUGACUCGGUCACUAGUAAUUACUGGGAAUGGGUCCGACAGGCUCCCGGGAAAGGGCUGGAGUGGGUGGGACAGAUCGACUGGAGCAGCUCCAACUGGCGCAUAUACUACGGCCCGUCUUUCCAGAGCCGCGCAACCCUCAGUGCAGAUUCCUCCAAGAACCAGUUCUCCCUGGAGCUCCGCUCGCUGACAGCUGCAGACAGCGGCACCUAUUACUGCGCCAUCAAAUCCCGGGAAGUCUCGUCUGAUAAGGACAGGGUAAGGGAGUUUCGGAACGACUCCUACCGUCACCUCGGUGGGGUUUCCGAGCACCUCAAUGCGUACAGGGACGGAGCCCGGUCACAGAUUGUUCUGACCCAGUCAGGUCCAGAAAGGAAGAAGCCCGGAGAAUCCACUCGGCUGAAAUGCGCCGUGAGCGGGUUCGCUAUCUCCGGCGAUUAUAUGGACUGGGUCAGACAGGAGCCGGGAAAGGGGCUGGAGUGGCUGGUCGGCUACUGGAAACCAGGGCAGAGCGAGUAUUAUUCUCCCACCAUCCAGGGGCGAUUCACAGCCUCCAAGGACAGCUCCAACUUCUACCUGUAA